UGCUGAUCCGGGCCGCAGUUUGAUCAGGAGGACUAACCGACCCCGAACCAGUCCACGACCCUCCACAGCAGAUCACCCGCUGCCGCCGGACAAACAUCCCGAAAAUGGGCAACUGUCAACCCACAAUCGUGCCAUAUGAGGAUUUUGAUGUCCUAGCCGACAUCAAGGCCAUCCGCAAAGCCUGCAAAGGCUUCGGAACUGAUGAGCAGGCCAUCAUCGACAUCCUGGCAAACCGCAGUUCAUUUCAGCGUCAGGAAAUUAAACAGGCCUAUUUUGAUAAGUACGACGAUGAGCUGGUGGAUGUGUUGAAGAGCGAGUUGUCGGGGAACUUUGAGAAAGCCAUCCUCGCCAUGCUGGACCCGCCCGUCAUCUACGCCGUGAAGGAGCUGAGGAAGGCCAUGAAGGGAGCGGGCACAGACGAAGACGUCCUAGUGGAGAUCCUCUGCACCGCCACCAACGCUGACAUUGCCAUGUUCAAGGAAUGCUACUUUCAAGUGCAUGAACGGGAUCUUGAAGCCGAUAUCGAGGGCGAUACGAGCGGGGACGUAAGAAACCUGCUCAUGGCUCUUCUGCAGGGCAACAGAGAUGAGAGUUACGAGGUGGAUGAGGAUCUGGCUGAGCAGGACGCUACCUCCCUGUUUGAGGCUGGCGAGGGUCGUUUCGGAACAGAUGAGUCCACUUUCAGCUACAUCUUGGCCUCCAGAAAUUACCUGCAGCUCCAGGCCACCUUUAAGAUAUAUGAGCAGCUCUCUGGAACUGAAAUCCUGGACGCCAUCGAGGCUGAGACCUCAGGGACGCUGAAGAAAUGCUACAUUGCUCUCGUGAGGGUUGCUAAGAACCCUCAGCUCUACUUCGCCAGACGUCUGAACAAAGCGAUGAAAGGGGCGGGCACUGACGACGACACCCUCAUUCGCAUCAUCGUGUGUCGCUCAGAGUUUGAUUUAGAGACCAUCAAAGACAUGUAUCUGGAGAAGUAUGACGUGUCUCUGAAGGACGCUCUGAAGGACGAGUGCAGCGGCGACUACAAACGCCUCCUCUUGGCCAUCUGCCACUGAAAGCUGGAGAGUGAAGCAGAGACAGCGGGGCUCGUUUUUACUGAGGCCGCUGCUGGUUUCUGUCUAACAAACUAACAUUAUGUGGGGAGCAGGAGGGUGGAAGUGAUAAUUCAUUGGCUCUUUUGUCUUUUUUAACUCUUUCCACAGACAUAAACUAGGAAAUUUGCUUUGUUCUUCUGUCUGUGAGGCUUCUGUCAGCUACUGCCCAUUUCUUAGUCAAUUUGUAGCUCCGAUUCGUCGCACCUUUACCAGCAUUUCCACAGUGGUGGGUGAGUUCCAGUCACUGCAAACAAGCACCAAGAUUUAUACAUUUCUCGGGGCCAACUCUUGUCAUACCAAUGCAGUUUGAUCAGGUUUUGAGCCCCGGUUAGAAUAAUCACAAUAAACAUGAGACAUGUUUGUACAAUGGGAAAAAGUCAGCUGCAGCCUCUGCUGCUGCAUUAACAGUUAGUAUAACACUGUUUUAGAUGAAGAUUUUUUAAAUUAUCUUUCACCCUCCAUGCCCCAAACUCAAUUACUGUUCUACUUCACUGCUGUUCAACUAAUGCAAUCACUCCAUGUGGCUUGAAUUUGUCCUUUUAAAUGAAGAAAUGUGAAAGAUCUUAAUGAAGGAAUCUUCGUCUGUAUCACGAGGAACAUGCAAUGAUAUGAAUUUUCCUCACAACUGAUUUGCAGAAGAGAAUAUAUAUUUUAUCAGUUGCUUAUUGAAAGAAACUAUAUGUUGAUUUACAGUAUGUUGCAUUUUUAUCCUUUACUACAACCAGAAAAACUUGACAAAUCCAAAUUGCACCUCACCUUGUUAUACGUUUUUUGUAUUUUAUGACUAACACGGUAGAGUGUUUAAUAUAUAACAUAAGUAAGUUUACUGUUGUAGGUAGGCCUGAGGGUAUAUGAGAAGAAGCAUGUGGACAGUCUGAUGUCUCUGUUUGUUUGUCUCUAUAAGGCAGCUGAAAUGUGUUAACAUGACCACUAUCGUAAACAUUUGGCAACAGGCUGAGUAGAUUCAGGACAUGAGAUAGCUACAACAUCAACCAGGACAUCAGGUGGGCCGUGGGACUAGUGUUGCCUCUCUAUAGCCAAAGAAUUGUAGUCUAACUGCAAAUA